UGGGACAGAGGGAUACGCUUCGAUUCUCUCCUCUUUUUUUUGGGCUUUUCACGGCACCUCACUUUUUGUUUCUUUUUUCUCACUCCUCACCUCUGUGCGCUCAUUCCUUCUGUUCGCCUGACUUUCCUGCUGCUGACACCAUCUCUCCCUGCAGUCUCUGUUACACUGUCCUACAUCUAGACUACUCCUCCUUCUCCUCACCCAUGGCUACCUGACAGUGAGCUUCUCCUUUUGCCAUCUCUCUUCUUCCCCAUUUUUUCUUGCUGUCCUCUUGUUUCACCCCCUUUUACUUUAGUUGGAUCUUUUGGGUGCACCUGUCAUCCAUCCUUCCGUCCCUGCGUGGUGUCAAAAUGCCUGUCCUAGAGGGACUCUGGGGCCCAGAUCUCAGGAUGCGGGACUCCGGUCUUGAUGUUGGGGUCUGUCCAGAUGAGCCUCCUCAUUCUCCAGUGUGGGGUCCCCUCAGGACUCCUCCUGUUACAUGUGGUGGCCUCUCACUAGCCCUGGAGCUACCAGCUCUUAUACGGCAGCUCAGAGCGGCCUGGAGAGCACGCAAGGGAGGCCCCCGGGGGCCGGAAAGAAAUCAAGCGGGCCCUUGGGUUGAAUCAGAAAAGGAGCAGGCAGAAGAGUUAAAGCUGGACGUAGAAAACAGGAGCGCACAUUUGGAAGCUGAUGGCAGGCUGAACACGGGUCAUGCUGGUGUGUUGCUGGCUGAGAGACGAGGCUCCUACCCGUUGAUUGACCUGCGAAUCCUAAAAACCAGUGCCCAGCAGGGGGAGGUAGAGACCGGCACCAGGAGAAAGGUGAAGCGUCUCCUGAGCUUCCAGAGAUACUGCCACGCCUCUAGGUUGCUGAGGGGGUUGGUAUCCCACUCGCCUGGGUCCUUACACUUACUUGAUGAUGACUACCUGGGACAAGCUGCUCACAUGCUAUCAAAAGUAGGCACGUGGAACUUUGACAUUUUCCUCUUUGAUCGUCUUACAAAUGGGAACAGCCUGGUGACUCUGAUGUGCCAUCUCUUCAAUGUCUAUGAUCUCAUUCACCACUUCCAGCUGGACAUGGUCAAACUUAACAGGUUUCUUGGCAUGGUGCAGGAGGACUACCACUCCCAGAAUCCCUAUCACAAUGCCGUUCAUGCUGCUGAUGUUACUCAGGCCAUGUACUGCUACCUAAAGGAGCCCAAGCUGGCGGAGCAUCUGAGUCCUCUGGACAUAUUCCUGGGUCUGAUGGCAGCAGCUGCCCAUGAUGUGGACCAUCCUGGAGUCAACCAGCCCUUCCUCAUCAAGACCAGACACCACCUGGCAUCCCUCUACCAGAACACAUCUGUGCUGGAGAGUCACCACUGGAGAUCUACUGUGGGCAUGCUGCGAGAGUCAGGACUGCUGUCCCACCUGCCUGCUGACAUGUCGCAAGACAUUGAACAACGGCUAGGCUCUCUCAUCCUGGCUACAGACAUAAACAGACAGAAUGAGUUCCUGAUGACUUUCAGAGAACAUCUGGACAACCAGGACCUGGAUCUUCAGCUGUCUUCACACAGACACUUUAUACUCCAGAUUGCUCUAAAGUGUGCAGAUGUCUGUAACCCGUGUCGGGUCUGGGAGCUGAGCAGGCAGUGGAGUGAGAGGGUGUGUGAGGAAUUCUACAGACAGGGUGACCUGGAGAGGAGGUUUGACCUGGAAAUCAGUCCUCUCUGUAACCAACAGGCUGACUCUAUCCCAGCCAUCCAGAUAGGUUUUAUCUCCUACAUUGUGGAGCCCUUGUUUGAGGAGUGGCACCGCUUCACUGAGCCCAGCCUGCUCAGCCAAACAAUGCUGGAUCACCUGCACAAAAACAAAGCUAACUGGGGCAGCUUACGGUGCGCUCACACACCUUCAGAUACACAAAGCUGCUCCCAAGCUGAGGAGCCUGAAGGAGGAGUUGGAGAGGGAGCAGACAUCUCUUAACCUCCUUCCUGUUUCUAUGUGAUGUCUCAUCUUCCUUUAUUAAUGGAGGAAAGGAGUAUUUUCAACUCCUUGUUGUGUCCUCCAGCAUAUUUGCUCCCACAGCCUUUUGUCCACAGGCUCUGAAAGUGGGAGCACUGAAUGAGUUUGGCUGAGAUAAAUGAGAAAUGGGUCCCUCUGCUGGAGCAGAGGAGUGUAGCGCGAGAGAUUCCUGGUCAAGCAGAUGGAUAAUCUUAGUAAAUUAAUGCAUAUUUUGAUAAAGUCAUGCCUUGCUCAGUAACCUUUUGAUAAUAUGUGCUUCAAAUCAACUGAGAAAAAUGGGAACGUCAUUAAAAGGUUGGCGUAAGAGGCUCAGUUAAGACAGUUUGCACGAUGCUGCUGAAAGAGUAAAGAAACAAAAAAGCCAAAAUACAAAUAAGCUGGACUGUGCUGGAAAAAAUUAUGUAAAAUAGGUAAAGAAUAAGUGGAAUAUAUAAAUAUUAUCAACUAUACUAUGCUUUUUAAACAUUUAGACAGUAUAUAUUAAGCUCUUUACACUUUUUCCUCUUUUUGUACUGCUUGCACUCCUAUUAGAUGCUUUUUCAUACAAGUGUCUCACUUGUCUACUUUUCACUGAAGUGCGUUUUUAACUAAAAGCACUAAGUUGGUAUGUCAAGGUACUGUAAACUGUAACGUAUUCUGUUUUAACCUGUGAGACUGACCCAGCUGAUAAAUACACUUUGUGACUUGCACGCACACACACACACACACACACACACACACACACACACACAAAAGUGGCAUCAGCUGCUAGUUGCUGAGUUGCUUGAACACCAGCCAUCAGCUGGAUGUUUUUUGGACUCGAGCUGACUCACCGAACGCAAACGAGAACCUUUUUUUUAAAAAAAGUGUUUGUCUUUGUGCAAUGUUAUGAUCUGUACAUACUGUGAUAUACAACCUCAGCACUUCACAUGCCAAACUCUCAGCAAUGUGUUCAUCUACUUACAGGGUACAGUCAGUCUUUGUAACAACUUUAUAGGUGCAUUUAUUUCUAACCUCACUUUAUAAGCUCAUAUACAACAAAGCCUUAACAGCAACUUGGUCUGUCUGUGAAGCAUAUCGUGUAAGGAUUUCUUUUCUUUUCUUUUUUUUUUUU